GUCAAUCGUUGGAGCGACAACUGAAUCUUCGCUUCAGGGGCAAUUGAUUUGAGAGGGGAUCGAUGCCGUCCCGAGACUUGAAACGCAACCCUUACCCAGUGCCUGAUGUCUCCACUGAGGGAUUUUGGCUUCCAGAUGGUCCAAUUCUCGGUAAAAACGUGUCGGAGAAAGACAGAGAUUGGGCGACUAGGUUAGAGCCGCACGAGCGGUUAUUUGCUCAUCACACACUCACAAGCAUUCGGAGAGAUCACCGUCUCAUUAGGCCUCAGGUACCCGAUGAUGCACUAGACCUAGCACUUUCCGCUGCUUACGUUCACAGUGAGGACACCAUGGUCCCCAAGAUGUACGUCAUCAUGCAGCCAGAGUCCCUGAACUGGGAGACUUGGCGAGUCCUUCGAAAUGACAUGAAGUCAUCCUCCACCUCCGCCCUGAAAUAUAAAACAAAGCCCCGAGAUACCCCAAAGAAGAAGGCGCCUUUGACAAAAACAAAGACGUCAGCAAAACCAACGAAAAGUGCAGCUGCUGGUGGAGCUCGAGGCGCAGUAAGAGACACUGGAUCAAAGGUACCAAGAAAAGGGGAUGAAGACGACGAUAUUCUGGAUAAGGAGCACAGACGACUGACUUACGCUGCACAAAUGAUGGCAAUCGAGAGGAUUCAUCCAAGCAGUCUAAAGCUGGCUAUCGACGGUCCUCAUAUAGGUCUCACAAAUCCAGGGUACAGUCGUAAAAUCGAUGGGACAUUUUACAGCAUAUAAAUUUACUAAAAUGAUACAAAACUCAGCACUCAACCAUUCCAAUUUUUUUCCCUCAAUUUUGUAAAGCCCUUUCAACAAAAAUAGG